AUGGUCGCCAUCUCAUCUAUCACUACCUUAGUAGCUCUCAUUACCAGUCAAGUCCUAGCUGCACCAUCUGAAUUCCAAGCUCGCCAAGACCCCAACGGACCUCAAGUCUUCUCCCUGGACAUCUACAACGACUGUUCCAGAAGCGGAGCACCGCCACCAAUCAACCCUAGCAACCAUGUCCUCUUCCAUAACCAGCAAGGCUGUUACAAUCAAGCCCAAUUCUUCGGCGCACUAUACAUUGAAGACCACAUUAAUCCGUCAGAUGGAUGUCAACUUUUCACUUAUACCGCUCUGAACUGUGAUACCACGGGAACGGUGUAUGGACCCUUUAGCAGCAAGACUGGAGAUCCUGCUCACUGCAAGGGGUCUGAUGGCAAGGGCGGAUAUAGUGUACCGGGUUCUAGGUCGAUUCGUUUCGUCUGCCCUUCCCCGUUGUCCUCUCUCAUUGGUUAA